GAAAGAAGAGAAAAAUCAGAUUUCCGCCACACUCUGCAGCAACCACUUUUCUCGUCCGGAUCGAAGGCCAAACGAAGUCCGGUCGUGCUCAAAUUUUAGUAUGUUGUUCCUCACAUACUCCUCUUCAAAUCCAACCGUCUGUUUUCUCUUUUUGAUGCCCGGAAGAUGGUUUUCUUGCUGCAUUUUCAGACCUGCGUUUUUUGGGAGUUUUUACUCCAUUUUAUGGUGAAUUGUUGAUUGUUAUUGUUCCAAGGUUGCUCCUUGAUGAUUGUGUUUGCCUCUAGUGUUUACUAGAGAGGAGAACUUGUUCUACCCACUUGGUUCUUGGUGACUAGUGGAAGUUUGAACGGCCGUGGUUUUCUCCUCGACUAUCUCUGACCCUCUAGCCACUCUUACGCUUCCAGUCGAAUUCUCGUUUAAUGGCGGAUCUGAAGGGCGAUGCUGACGACCUCCAAUCUCUCCUGUCUUCUCCAGAUAGGGAUUUUCUGAUUCGAAACAACGGUGAUCAGGUCAAAAUUGAAGAUUUGAAGGGGAAAAAGGUUGGAUUGUACUUCUCGGCGUCAUGGUGUGGUCCAUGUCGGCAUUUCACCCCAAAAUUAACAGAAGUGUACAAUGAAAUCCUUUCCAAAGGAGAUUUUGAAAUAGUGUUUGUAUCUGUUGAUGUGGAUGAUAAUUCUUUUGAUGGAUACUUUUCUAAAAUGCCUUGGACGGCAAUCCCAUUCUCGGAUUCUGUCACACGUGACCGGCUGAAUGGGUUAUUCACUGUUAGCGGAAUACCCCACCUUGUGAUCCUUGAUGGAAAUGGGAAAGUGUCAACAGAAGAUGGCGUUGAGAUUAUCUUUGAUUAUGGAGUUGAAGGCUACCCUUUUACUGCAGAGAGGAUCAAAGAACUUAAAGAAGCUCAAGAAGCAGCCAUCAGGAAUCAAUCCUUGCAAAGUAUCCUUGUUACUCCAUCGCGUGACUUUGUCGUUGCAGCUGAUGGGAAGAAGGUACCUGUUAAUGAUCUUGAAGGCAAAACUGUUGGCCUGUAUUUCUCAUUGUCUACGUUCCAUCAAUACUUGGAGUUUACACCAAUGCUGCUUGAAAUAUAUCAGAAAUUGAAAGAAAGGAAAGAAAACUUUGAGAUUGUGACGAUUCCCCUUGAAUCAAAUGAGAAUACCUUCAAGGAAGCUUUUAAAAGCUUGCCUUGGUUUUCUAUUCCUUUUGGAGAUCAGAGCCGUGAUAAGCUAGUGAGGUACUUUGAGGUCUUUUCACCUCCCACCCUAGUCAUUAUUGGUCCAAAUGGGAAGACUCUUCAGUCUAAUGUCACUGAAGCCAUAGAAGAGCAUGGCAUCCUGGCAUACCCUUUUACUGCUGAAAGAUUAGCUGAGCUUGAAGAGAUGGCAAAGGCUAAGAAAGAUGCACAGACACUAGAAUCAAUUUUGGUUAAAGGAGAUUUGGAUUUUGUCAUUGGAAAAGAUGGGGCAAAGGUUCCAGUAUCUGAUCUUGUUGGGAAAACCAUACUCCUUUACUUCUCUGCACACUGGUGUCCUCCUUGCCAUGAAUUUUUACCAAAACUCAUAGAUGCAUACGACACGAUCAAAGAAGAGGACGAUGCAUUUGAAGUGAUCUUCAUCUCAAGCGACAGAGAUCAGGCCUCCUUUGAUGAGUACUUCUCCCAGAUGCCAUGGCUGGCCCUUCCUUUUGGCGAUGAGAGGAAGAGGUCUCUAAGCCGCCUCUUCAAAGUUCGUGGGAUCCCAACAUUGGUAGCUAUAGGGAAAUCGGGCCGAACCCUCACCACUGAAGCCGUAGAAAUGGUGGCGAAUUUUGGUGCUGAUGCAUACCCCUUCACAGAAGAGCGUCUGAACGAGCUCGUCGGACCCGUGAGCGCGAGCGAAGACGAGGAGGAGGAGAGCACAAAGGAGUUGUGGGUUUGUAGUGAUACAGUUUGUAAGAGGGCUUGAACAAGCUUUUUUUUAGUGGAUUGUGGUUAUGUUGCUAUAUAUCAUGUCGAGGGUAUCUCCAUGCCUCCAUAAUACUAAAACUAUGGGCUGGCUCCGAUGUGUGCUUUGUAUUCCUAAAUAGACAGAUUUGUGGUUCUUGUGUCGGACACCUCUCGACGUUCCCCCUUUUAUAUGACUAAUCUUUAGCCAAUAUGUUGUGUGUAAAAGUAUGAAUAUAUAUUGCAUUAUUGCAGGUUAUAUCUGUGUGUUU